CAGAGAAACGAUUCAGAGUCAGUGCUCUGGUUAAAAAAAUGCACUCUGAUGCGGCAAUCGCCAAAUGUGCUAGUGGUCCACUCCCUACCAUCCCAAAUACACAAGCGGGUGUGAUAUAGAACAGCCGACGGCGUAGACGCAACAGCGCGACGCGGUGGUGCAGGGCCCCCGCGAGCGAGCGCGCGCGCGCGCGCAGACACACAGCUGGCUUAAACGUGUCCCCACAGCCUCUGCGGGCGAGCUAAUGAGCGUUAAGCGGGGUCGUGUGCGGGAUAUCCCUACUGAGCGUCCUGUAAUCCUUCCACUGGCACUUCCACCGGCAUGCGAAAACUUGGAUUUUCAGCUGAACUCCCACCUGUCUACUCUGGCCAGCAUUCACAAGAUCUACCACACGCUCAACAAGCUGAACCUGACAGAAGACAUUGGGCAGGACUCUCAUCCAACAGGCUCCCUGCACUCCUGCAGCUCCAGGGCCAUGCCCCCCAGGAAAAAGAGGAGACCCACCGCUGGGGACGACCUCUCUGCCAAGAAGAGCCGCCCGGACAGUAUGUUCAGAAAACACGACGCCUCGCGGAUCAAGAAUGAAGACGCGUUCUCCAGCAAACGAUGCCUGGAGUGGUUUUAUGAAUAUGCAGGAUGUGAUGAUGUCGUUGGGCCGGAGGGUAUGGAGAAGUUCUGUGAGGACAUUGGAGUGGAGCCUGAGAAUGUGGUCAUGCUGGUUUUGGCGUGGAAGCUGGAGGCGCAGUGUAUGGGCUACUUCACCCUGCAGGAGUGGCUCAAAGGAAUGGGAGCCUUGCAGUGUGACUCCACAGAGAAACUGCGUAACAGUCUGGAUUACCUGAGGUCCAUGCUCAACGACUCCACCAACUUCAAGCUCAUCUACAGAUACGCUUUUGACUUUGCACGGGAGAAGGACCAAAGGAGCUUAGACCUUAACACUGCCAAGUGCAUGCUGGGAUUGCUGCUGGGGAAGAGCUGGCCGCUGUUUCCUGUGUUUAACCAGUUCCUGGAGCAGUCCAAAUAUAAAGUGAUAAACAAAGACCAGUGGUGUAAUGUGCUGGAGUUCAGCAGAACCAUUAACCUGGACCUUAGUAACUACGACGAAGACGGAGCAUGGCCAGUUCUGUUGGAUGAGUUUGUGGAGUGGUACAAAAGCAGGCCGAUCUCUCAGCACUGAACCUCAGCAGCAUCGGCCUGGCAGGAUCCCGCUCAUCGGACAGGACUGGCGCUUUUUCCCGCCAAACUGCCCACGUUUCAGGAAAGGGGUGGUGCGGGGAGGGGCGGGACAGUCACUCCCCACUGGUCUCUGUGUCAGCUGAUGUACAGAUUAGUGGAACCCCCCCAGCCCCACCCCUUCCCGAAGUAAAGAAUUCUCCCCCCUGGUGCAUUGUGGGUAAGCACAGCUCUGGGCCAUCAGUGGCCCUCCACACUGUGAUGUGCGUUUUAUAAAUGAGUCACUUCCUGUUACAUUUUUUUUAUUUUAUUUGAGGGAGGAAUGGCGAUGCUUUGGUUGCCACGGCCACGGCCUUUAGAAGUUUUGUGUUUUGAACCUCGCUGAGUGUGUUCUCCCCCCAGUGUUUCAAAGUCUUCAGUGUUUUCUUGAAACUCACACUUAACCUUCUGUUUUUGUUCGAGGAGACAAAUGUGAUAAACCUCUUAAUAAUGGCGGCUGUUCAGACUGAUUGAGGCAGUGAAAUGGCCACGGGGGUUGUGGGUAAAGGGAACUCUUCAAUCUGAACUUCAUUACUAUUGCAGUAGUGAUCCACCAGCACCAGACUAUAACCAGACCCUCAGCCGACCCUCAGCCGGGUUCGUACUACGGCUGCAUCUUCCUCUGUGGUUCACUCACAAUAUCACUGCUUACUUUGUUAAUCAUUCCGUGCUGCCCUCUGCUGGAACAGGAUGGUAUUGACGCAUGUCUAAAGCCAAAGUGCUCCAUCACACAAAACCCGCCAACUUCAACUUCACCUGGAACCCGACAACCUCACAGAGAAUCUCCAUGAACAGCUUUUACAGGUGUACAUGUUCUUAACAUACAAUUAGAAUACUGGUGUGUGUGUGUGUGUGUCUGUGUGCGUAUGCGCGUGCGUGUGUGUGAGCUGCUCUGAAAUUUUUAUCAAGAGCUUUUCUCCAGUUGGCUGUGUCAUUGAGAACUGCUUUCUGAUUGGUUGUCCUUAGGAGCUGCUCUUAAAGGGGAUGGAGUGUCAGUGUUGUACAGGAAAUUGUAUCUUUUUUUAAUAUAAUCAUUUUCUGUCUUAUUGCUUUGAAAAUGAAAUGUGAAAGAAAAAUGUUCAGUUCAUAACUCUGUUCAUGUUCUGAUGUUUAUGAGCUGGUUAUUGGGGGAGAACACAGUCGCCUGCCCCGCCCCCCCCCCCACCCCUUUGAUGGGCAUGAGGGUUGCUCUUACUCCCCUCUGUCAUGCUGCUGGCCAAACCCACCCACUUUUCAGCAAGUAAAUACUUCAUAACCAAUCACAUUUCUCGGUGGCCUGCAGGCCCCCCCCAUGGGUGGCAGGUGUUAAUGUGUGAGCUGCUCGUCCGGGCGGGGCUCCAGAGACCCUGUCGCCGGGUGGGCGGGGCUCCAGCGACCCUGUCGCCGGGUGGGCGGGG